AUGGGUCGACCAGAAGGAAGUCCGAGAAAUAACUUCAAUCCAAUGUUUCAUGCACAACCUCAACCUGAGCCACCGGUUGACGAUAAACGAGUGGUCCAAAACGAGCAGAGACGACAUCCCACUAAUGGUGGAAUGGUUAACGUCCAACCGAACCAAGUACCAAUGGACAGACCGGGUCAACCUCCGCAUAUGCAUAACGUCAGAAUGGUUAACCAACCGAACCAAGUACCAAUAGACAGACCGGGUCAAUCUCCGUAUAUCGUCAUCAGUAACGGUGGAAUGGUUAAUCAACCGCACCCUGUCCCAAUGGUCAGACCGGUUCCACCUCCGUAUAUCAAUAACGGUGGAAUGGUUUACCAACCUUAUGGAGUACAAAUGGUCCGACCAGUCGUCCCACCAUCAAACUGGACCACAGGCUUCUGUGAUUGCUUUAACGAUGUUCCAAAUGCAAUCAUCACAUUUUUCUUCCCGUGCAUCACGUUCGGACAGAUCGCAGAGGUUAUCGAUGAAGGCGCAACGAGUUGUGGGACGGCUGGAUCGUUAUACGUAUUGAUAUUUUGUCUAUUUGCAAUACCCUGUGUUUACACAUGCACAUAUCGGACCAAGCUACGAAUAAAGUACGGUUUACCGGAUGCUCCGCUUCCAGAUUGGAUCCUCCAUUGUUGCUGUGAACCUUGUGCACUUUGUCAAGAAUAUCGUGAGCUCAACAAUCGUGGCAUUGAUCCUGCUAUUGGAUGGAUUGGGAAUAUGCAGCGAAUGGGUCAGCAACAAGUGAUGAUGACUCCUCCUAUGGGUCAACGAAUGACGGGUUGA